CCGGGAGUUGUAGUUCCGCCAUCGGACGGAAGCCGAGAGGGACCGCGGCGGGAUGUGGCCGGGAAUAUUGGGUUGGGGGGCCCGGGUGGCGGCAGGUAGUUGCCCCGCGCUGGGGCCUCGCCUCGCCUGCCGCUUCUCCCCGCAUCGGACGCCCAAGACUGGCCUGGCCCUGCAGCGGAGCCUGCACGCGACGGCGGCCCGGGCUCUCCCGCUCAUUCCCAUCGUGGUGGAGCAGACGGGUCGCGGCGAGCGCGCCUAUGACAUCUACUCGCGGCUGCUGCGGGAGCGCAUCGUGUGUGUCAUGGGUCCGAUCGAUGACAGCGUGGCCAGCCUGGUCAUCGCGCAGCUGCUGUUCCUGCAGUCCGAGAGCAACAAGAAGCCCAUCCACAUGUACAUCAACAGCCCCGGUGGCAUGGUGACCUCCGGCCUGGCCAUCUACGACACGAUGCAGUACAUCCUGAACCCCAUCUGUACGUGGUGCGUGGGCCAGGCCGCCAGCAUGGGCUCCCUGCUCCUGGCCGCUGGCACCCCGGGCAUGCGCCACUCGCUUCCCAACUCCCGCAUCAUGAUCCACCAGCCGUCUGGGGGAGCCCGGGGCCAAGCCACAGACAUCGCCAUCCAGGCCGAGGAGAUCAUGAAACUCAAGAAGCAGCUCUACACCAUCUACGCCAAGCACACCAAACAGAGCCUGCAGGUGAUCGAGUCGGCCAUGGAGAGGGACCGUUACAUGAGCCCCAUGGAGGCCCAGGAGUUCGGCAUCUUAGACAAGGUUCUGGUCCACCCUCCCCAGGACGGCGAGGACGAGCCUGAGCUGGUGCAGAAGGAGCCUGUGGCGGCCGCGGCGGCGGCAGAGCCUGCCCCGGCAGGCGUCUGAGACCUGGCCCUCACCCUCCAGAGGGGAAGCUGGUGGGGGGGCCGGGCGCCCUGCCCACCCCUCGCCGCUGAGCCUGCAAGGGCCCCGGAAGGAACUCUGGAUGGAUCUGGGGGUGCCGCUAAGGCCAGAUACCUUGAAUGAGACACUGUGAUUUUCAAUUAAAUCUUUGUAGUCUUUGAUCCC